AUGGCGUCAUCGGUUACGGAAACGUCAUCAGCGCACGUCAAUGAUGCUGCUUCCAUGCCCACGCACCCACGCACGCGGCUUGUUCUUCAGCUUCUCGCCUUGGAAGCUCUUCGGCGAGAGCAGCGGCGAGGCGUUUUUCCGCUGAGUUCUCCGCCGCGCUCCUCUGUGUCGACCGCCGCAUCCCUUCAGGAAGCGGCUAGCGGGGAGGCGACGCCCGCUGCUGCUGUUGCUGCGCCGGCUGCUUGCCGCUCUCUACGCCUUGGGUCCUCUUGCCACCGUGAUACCCGCUUUGAGGAGGGCGGUUUGCCUGUUGUGUAUCACUGGCUAUGGCAGCGUGCUGCGGCGCUUCCGUCCGGGCUGGCCGUGGCCGAGUCUCCAUAUGGUGAUCUCAGUGCUCUCAUGAUGGAGUGGGCGACGCUGGCGCUGCCGGCGUGGUUGGAGAGCUCAGAAGAAGUGCGGUGGCGAUACGAGCGUGAUGAGGUGCUGCGCCUUGUACAUGAGAGCGCCACCACAGCGGCAGCGUGCGGUUUUGCCAACCUGGAUAAGGGAGCACGAGAAGCGGAAGAAACGGCUGCGACAGUGCCGGGUCUGGUGCAGCAAGCAGACACUAGUGCAACUGACACUGUCGCCGCGAACAGUGUUCGCAGCCUCAGCCGCUACCAAGCCGCAUUCGUGCCGGAGGUGAAGGACGUCAACGAUGAAGAUGUGUCGGAGCCAUCAUUGGCUGCCGUAUCCGGACCGCUAUCGACGUCCGCUGCACAUGGUGCACCUUCCUCCUCUCCUCGACGAGUGCUGCAGCUCGUCGUUGCGGCGGCAGCGAACCUCGCUACCCCGCAGCAGGCCGAUCUCACCAUCGCCAAAACCACUGCUGUCGCCCCGUUGCCCAGCCCAGCCGCGGAGAGCGAAGGGGCGCUGGUGAAGGCAACUGGAAGGGAGCCAACGAGUGUAUCGGGCACCGUUCCAGCCUUUCUGAUGACGCCACCGCUGCAGUCCCAGGUUGGUGACACGCCGGCGAUGAGCUCAGCAAACGCCGCUGGUAGUGGCGAUGGCGACGUGGGAGUCGAGAAGAGACUGGCCAUACAACUGCUCCGCACCACCUGCGGCACAGCUGUUCCUCGAGAGGCAGCUACGGCUGCCACAGCCGUCGUCGCGGAGCCUUCGUGUAACACUGCCGUCGACGACGUGGUGGCGAGAGUAGCGACGAGGCCGCCGAUGCUACUCAGCGACGAGGGCGUCACGGAUGACGAUGGCGAAGCGCGAGGGUCGAUGGCCGAGGCGAAUGACAGCGCUCAGGAUGGCAGCGCGUUUGUCUCACCAGCUCCAGAGGGAGCGGAGAACACCGCCGUGUGCAUGAGGUCGCGCCUGCGUCGCUGGCGACGUAUCGCUCCUGUUGUUUUGGAUGCUCCUCCAGGCAGCGAGGCAGCCCAGGACGUGUGCACUGUGCUGGAGGCACUGGGCUUUGCGAAGGCUGGCGAGGACGACUGUGCCGACAAGACUCUUACGGAGCUGGCACCGUCUUGUGGCUCAGCGCAGGCGCCUGGGGAGCUGCUGAAGGGGCCGAAAGUGCCCGCCUCACGCCGUUUCAGCGAGGGUGCAGCACGUGCGCGGAUGCCUCUGUGUCCUCUCGGCCGUUUGCCUCCUCUCCUCACAGCGCAUGCGUGGUUGUCGAGCCCAUCGCUUCGAUCAUCAUGGCUCGCCCACAUUAUUGCAGUUUGGUCCCCAGAAUGCUUGCUCGCUGUCGGCGACGACGGCAGCGAAGCGUGCCUCAAGGACGGAGGGACGGCGCUGGGGUCUUCGAGAGACGCUCAGGCCACACCGCUGCCCGUGCCCGCGUCGUCGCCUUCAUCCUCGGCGCACUGCAGCGGCGCUACACCUCCUUCCCCGCAGCUGCCCUCGGCAUCUCCUGCGCUGUCUUGCAUCGCGUUGGCGGACCAUCGCGUGUUUGCGAUGCUCGAUGAGCUGCUGUGGUGCGCGCAUCCAUCUGCGAGCACUUUUCUGCUCAGCUUCGAGGCGAACUUGCACGCGUACUUGUGCUAUCCGUUGGCUGGGGUGUGCGCGGCGGCACCUGCCGCCGCGACGGCGACGAAGUCGGGGUUCUGCCAGUCGGUUUCUCACCUUGAACAAGGGGCGCGUAUUGCUGGCAGUCACGGCGCCUCUGCUCCUCGCCCUCUCACGGUGUCCGCCUGGAAGGCAUACCUGGAGCUACGGUAUGGAAAGGCACACCUGCGGCAGCCGAAACACCUGCAUCCUUCUCCGUUGAGGACGGUGCCUUCCACUAAGGCAGCGGCUUCGAGGAGUGGCACGGGUCAGAACGCCGAGCCCGGCGUUACUGCCUCUGCUGCUGCCGCCCCUUUAACAGUGGGCGGUCCGCACCGCACCAAAAAGCGGGAGGCAGGGGGGCGCACUGCAGAGGGUGAGGCGGCCCUGCGACCCGCGAUGUCGUCCGUCGCUGCGUCUGCCGCUGCGGCGGCGCGCACACCACUCCUGCCGUUUGUUGCAGCAGCCUUUGCCGCGUCGUCCUCGGCGACGGCGAGCACCGCCACCUACGCCGCAGUCAUGGACGUGGGGGCGAUGGUGUUUCUGGCGGAGCUGCGCCGGGUUGGUGCCAUCGCCAUGGUGGAGAAAGCAAGGGGCGCCGUGCAGGUCCUACAGGCGUGCCACGUGGGUCGCGGUGCGGGGCCGCUGCGGCAUUCGACACAGCAACGCGGUGGAGAAAGCGGUGACAGUGCGGAAUCAGGCAUGUGCGUGGAAUCGACCGCCGACGCAGAGGGCGUGCGGCAGUUUUCUUCUGCCGCUGCCGACGCUUCUUGUUUCAAGGCCGUGCAAGGCGGGUGUGACAUACCGAUUUCCUCGCUGCAGGCCCUCUUGGAGGGCACCGUUGAGUGUGACACAUCACUGCACAGGUAUGUUUGCAGGUGGUUUGUGCCGCUGUCACCGCCGUCUGCCGUCACCAUGGCGAACCACGUACAGGAAUCGCCGAGGGAUAUACAGGACGAAAAGCCCUCGCUGGUGACGGUGGCUGCGCAUCUGUGGUUGGCGCUCGUGACGGUGCUCAGUCUUGGUGAGAGUGCAACGGCCCAGUACGUACGCGGCGUCCUGAUGCCUCCGGCUAGUUUGCCAGUUACGCCUUGCUCUCCCUCUUCCACAUGGGCCGCAGCUUUAGGGGCAGUGGCAGAGGGAGAGGCGGUCGGCGUGCCCUCGUGGGUGGUGAGGACGUCGCUGGCGCCGUUCACGAUGCCAACACUGUUUCGCAGCACUCUGGAGGAUCUAUAUCAGGAGGAGAGCGCAGCAACCGCCGCUGCUGUGGCCGUGGCCGGCAAAGACCACAACCCGCCAUGUCGACCUUCUUCACUGCCUCUGUGCGCGCCGGGCUUUCUGCGAGAUGAAGAGGACCCGGCGAGUAGGGCGACAGCCAGCUGCCGAGUGGCGCCCGCUUCUUUGGCAACAACGACGCUGCAAGGGUGCGCGCCCGUGACCCCAGCGACCCAGGACACACUUGUGCUGAGCGCGGCAGUCGCGCUGCGGCACCCUCGCGUGAUACUCCGGCAACUUCACUUUCUGUGGCAGCUGAGCAACUGUGAGAACCGAGACGGGUAUGCGACUAAGGCCGACGACAGCUCGCACCACUCAGCGACGCUCAGCUCCCCGUCACCUGCCCCGCCCGAUACCGGAAGGACAGCAGCAAGCACCCGGAGACCCGCCGGGGCAGCGGACCACCGCGCUACUGCGAAGGGCACCAGCGACCCUACAGCGCUCUCUUUCAAACAGGAGUUCGCCACUCGAGUUGCCAGUCUCGUGGAGUGCGUGCAGAUGGCCUCUCUGGCUGGACUGCCGCCACCACUCGCCGCAUCACUGACGCCGUCCAGACCGUCGCCUAGCGCAGUUCCGGCGGAGGCUGCCGGCGGUGCGCUGAGCGGCGGUGCGUCUGCCUCUUCGAUGCGGCAAUGGUCGACAGGACCAAGCACUUCAGCAGUGAAUGUGUCGACUGCCGUCGCACUGUCACAGCAGCAGUGCGGCGCAGCAGCUGUGCCACCUCAUGUGCCUCCCUUAAACGCCGACUCUGCCAGAGCGGUCACCGCUCAUGCGACAUCGACUCGCCUGCGCCUGCAACUCUCGUCUAAGACGUCGCUCUCCAGCGCCGUCACAGCUGGCGUAGGCGCAUUCAAGACUCCAACCACCGACGGUGUGAAGCGGUCGCGCGAGAUGGACGAGGUGGAUGUGGGCGUCACGGAGCCUGCUGUCCUGUCGAGCUCGGAGAACGUUGCGGCGAGGAGCUCGCGGCCGGCAAAGCGGCAUCGCAUGGACAGCGUCGCGACGCACGCUCUGCAACUCAAAUUGGAUAGCUGGGCACGAGCACCGCCGCCGCCGCCGCCACUGGAGAGCCUGGCGGAGUUGCACGUUCGCUGGGCAGACGAGGUGCACGAAAAGGGCGGUUCCGUGAGGCUUUCGCUCACACCUUUGGCAGCCACCUCUUCGGGGGCGGCGAGCGACGUUGAGGCCACGACGUCGAGGUCAGCGCUUCUCCUCACCGUGGUGGCUGACACCCUCUGGAAUGUGCUCCAGCACAUACACGCACAGGUCCUCGGAGUAGCCGUAGGCAGCGCUCAUGUGCCUCGCGGCGAUGACCCGACUCCAAACGACCCUUCAGCUGCGACAUCUGCUUCGCCCUCAGUCCUCCUCAGGGAUGCCGAGGCGACGCCAGGAGGUGUACCUGUGCGUCGUACGCUGCUGCGGCUGCGCGUGAGCCCCGCCUACCGCGCCCUGCAGCGCCUGUGGCAGGCCAUCAACCCCCCAACCGUCUCCGAGCGUAGCGUGGUUGUCUCCUCGGAAGCUGGUACCCUCCCUCCUAGUGGUGGCGCCGCAGCGGGCCACCCACGGCUGGACGUGAUUCUCCCCGCCACUGCUUCUCGGCCGGCAACGGCGGUCGACCUGCGCGUCUAUACUUCCCUGACAGCGUCGCUGCGUGGCGUUGUGUGCGUUGUGCUCGGAUACGCAGUGCAUGAGUGCUUGCAGGCCAUCUGGUGCAACUGGUGCGCGCUGUGCAACGAGCACGAAGACUCCGCGACGACGGCGGGCUGCGCUACGGCGUCAUCUGGUUCAGCGCAACAGCCGUCGCGCACGCCUUUUCCACCUUCGCAUGGGGCGUACGCGUGGCUCACGAGGCAGCUCCGCGCACUUCUAGACGAGGUCCUUCAACCUCUUAAUCGUAUUCUAAAGGCGUCUCUGUCGGGAGUGCACGACAUCGAGCCUGUCGGCGACCGAAGCGCGCCCGACGUCGUGAGGUGCGACGGACACGCUCUAGCAGAACCACUUUCCUCAUCGCUCAGACAGCCUGGCGCUACGCACGUGGAGACACUCGCGACAGCAGCUUGGCUGACCUACAAGCCCCUUGGGCUCGUGCUUCUGCCGGCUCACAUCCGCCAGCUUGACGCCGCCAUGCCCUGCUGCCUGCGCGGUGACUGUGCAGCGAUGAGUGGAGGCCUUCACCGCCUAGAUGCGUAUGAGGCGUGGGCGCAAGUGAAGGUGGCGCUUCAGCAAGCCGGCGUGCAGGCGUGA